GUCCUCAACAACUAUGAAGACCUCAAUCCUCCUCUUUCUUGCUUUGCUGCAAGUCUUUGCUUUAGCAGCUCCAGUCCCAUCCGCUGAAGGACUCAUCGACCGUACUGCAAGUCCUGCUACUCUGGAGGAGGAGGGCUGUGACGAAGCGAAAGCAGCUGCCAUCGCCGCGGGUGCCGACCCUGACUUGGCGGACGUUGCAUAUCCUGACAUCUACAAACGGGAAUGA